AUGCUUGGGACACGUGAACAGGAACACCCGGACGCUCCAAAAGGAUGCUUCUCCUUCCCCAUGACGGAUAUUCUCACGGUCCUGGUCGACUUUGACAUUCGACCCUAUACCCAUAUUCUGCCAUCGUUGGAAAAGGCGUUAAUCACGACUGCCGACCUGCUGUCGCUUGAGCCGCUCGAUGUCGCCAAGCGCGCCCAGGUGCCUGCUGGGGAGGUGAGGAAACUCGUUGAUGCAGUGCUGGAUGGUCUACAUGGGGCUGUUGGGAGGUCAAGGCAAGUCUAUGGCCAGGAUGUGGGAGGUCCGGUAGACUUGAGUGAAGACCGGCCUCCUGGCCGCAUCAGCACUUUGGACAGAUCUCUGGAUGCCAGCCUCAACGGUGGCGUUGCGCCUGGAUAUCUCACCGAGAUAGUUGGCGAGAGCGCCGUGGGCAAGACGCAGUCCCUUCUGACACUCCUACUGUCGGUACAACUACCGCCACCAUACGGACUGGGAAAGCCAGCGCUCUACAUAUCCACAGAGGCGCCUCUCCAGACAACCCGCCUAGCCCAGAUCCUUAAGACCAACCCAGGCCUCACGUCCCUUCCAGAGUCCGAACGGCCCUCCUUAUCCCGCAUCCAGAGCACACACAUCCACGAUGUCGAAGCCCAAGAGCACAUCCUCCGCUACCAAGUCCCCGUCGCCAUCAAGAAACAGAACAUCGGCCUCUUAGUCAUUGACAGCAUAGCAGCCAACUACCGCGCCGAGUUCGACAAGUCCAAAGCCCGCAAAGGCGCCGAGUCCUUUGCAAAACGCAGCAACCAGCUCGCGCAACUCGGUGCUUUACUGCGGGACAUCGCGCGCACGCAUAAUGUCGCGGUGGUGAUGGCGAACCAAGUCGCAGACCGCUUUACCCUGGUCGAGGGAUCUGGCUACGCUCACAACAGUACGAGUCAAAAUACCACACAGCGCUCUCGUCCUGCCUCACCACCCCAACAGCAGACCUCCAGGAGUGCAGCCAUGUCCCAGCCCGUCCCCUCCUCCGGCGUCCCUCUAACCCCAGCGCAGCUUCUUUCGACAGACGACCCGCUGGCCCUAGAUCACCAACAGCGCUUCUUCACCGGCUGGGGUGACGAUCCGGAGGCGUCGAACUUCAAAACACCCAGCCUUGGCCUUACAUGGACGAACCAGCUCGGGGCGAGGAUUGCUUUGCUCAAAGAACCGGUCUAUGAGGAGCGCGCGUACGCACCGGGCGAGGACAGGAACGUCUCUGGGUGGAACAGGAAGGCGAAGGUUGUGUUUAGUGCGUGGGGUCCGGAGAAAGACACGGGGUUUGAAAUCUGGGAGGGUGGGGUCAGGGGGGUGAAGGAGCCGCCGUGA